GUUCUUUAGAAUACAGCUCACUACAUUUUGGAACAAAGCUAAAUGACUACACUAGCAUUCAUUUCAAAGCAUUUUAGUCUUAGAGUUUUAAAUGGAUGAAUGUGCAUUAAUAUAGCCCAUGAUCUUGCAUACUUUGUUCUUGAUCUUGCAUCUGUGAAUUGUGUGUGUUUUCGUAGUCAACACUGUAGCACCUUUUUGUUUGCAAGCGAAUGUUGCCAGUCUUGUUUAUGAUUUGUUUACUGAGAUUGUUUUGAGCUGAGAUGUGAUAGGAAUGUGCAUGUGAUUCCCCAUGCAGGACAGUUUGAAUUUCCUCAUUUUGUAGCUGAUAAACCAAAACUGAAAAGAACCAGUGUCUGUGACCCAGUUUACAUGGUUUCUAUGUGGAUGACGCCACUUUUCAGCCUUGUUUUGUGUAUUUCUGUGCAUCUGUGUGUGUAUGUGUGACUUGCACAUGUCUCUCCCUCAUAUGCUAUUCAUUAACUCUUGCACACUACAGAAGUUCACUGAUAAUACCCUCCUGCUGGAAUACUCUGCUUUAGCUCAACUUGCUAAUCUUGCUCUCUGGCUCUUGUUGAUCUGUUUUCCAGUUCUUCUUCUUCAUGCUUUUCUUUUUAUCUCUUUUUCUUCUGCUUCCUUUCUUCGUGCUGUUCUUCCUCUCCUCCCGCCCUCCGUCUUCUCGGGCCGUCCACGGCAGCAGGAGGGUGCACUUUGAGAGGAUUAACACUGUGCCCAUUAAGGGUCACUGUGCAGGGCGGCACGGUUUCAGAAGGCAUCAGUCCCUCUCCAGAACCCUGCUCAGGGGCACGGCGGACUGGUUCGGGGUCAGUAAGGACAGCGACGCCACACAGAAAUGGCAGAGGAAGAGCCUGCGACACUGCAGCAUGCGCUACGGCAAGCUGAAACCUCAGGUGAUCCGUGAGAUGGAGCUGCCCAGCCAGGACAACAUCUCCCUGACCAGCACAGAAACCCCUCCGCCUCUAUACGUACCCUCAUCUCAGCAUGGCAUGCAGAAGAUUGUGGACCCGUUGGCACGAGGGCGUGCUUUUCGCAUGGUGGAGGAGGUAGAUGGCUACAGUGGGCCUCAAACUCCCAUCACCCCCGGUGCUGCGUCUCUCUGGUCCUUCAACAGCUCACGCUCAGGCCUAAACCGCAUCCCACGCAGACGCAAGCGCGAGUCUGUGGCCAAGAUGAGCUUCAGAGCGGCAGCGGCUCUGGUCAAGGGUCGUUCGCUACGUGAAAGCACACUGAGACGAGCUCACAGGCGCAGCUUUACACCUGCUAGCUUUAUUGAGGAAGAUGUUGUGGACUUUCCAGAUGAACUCGACACAUCGUUCUUCGCCAGGGACGUCCUGAUGCAUGAGGAGAUGUCCACCUUUCACGAUGAGGUGUUCGAGUCUCCAUCCGACUCCACCAUGAAGGACGUGGACAGCAAACAGCUGGAUGAGUCGGAGCUGACGGGCAGCGCGCUGGACAAAAGGGAGUUAGAGAGGAGUCACUUAAUGCUGCCUCUAGAGCGCGGCUGGCGGAAGGCUAAAGAGGGACCGUCGGCGCCCCCUAAAGUCCGCCUGAGGCAGGAGGUUGUGAGUGUGGACGGUCAGCGGAGAGGCCAACGGAUAGCUGUGCCAGUCAAGAAGCUCUUCGCAAGAGAAAAAAGACCGUAUGGAUUGGGCAUAGUGGGAAAACUGACCAAUCGAACAUAUCGCAAACGCAUCGACAGCUAUGUGAAACAACAGAUAGAGGACAUGGAUGACCACAGGCCUUUCUUUACAUAUUGGAUGACGUUCGUUCACAUACUCAUCACCAUUUUGGCAGUGUGUAUUUAUGGCAUUGCACCAGUGGGCUUUUCCCAGCAUGAAACUGUCGAUUCUGUCCUAAGAAAUAAAGGUGUUUAUGAAAACGUCAAAUUCGUGCAGCAAGAGAACUUUUGGAUUGGACCAAGUUCGGAAGCCUUGAUUCAUCUGGGAGCCAAAUUCUCACCUUGUAUGCGACAGGAUCACCAGGUACACAUACUGAUUCAAAAAAAGCGUGAAUUGGAGAGAAAUUCAGCUUGCUGUGUGCGCAACGACCGCUCUGGCUGUCUGCAGACCUCAGAGGAGGAAUGCUCUAGCACUUUGGCUGUGUGGGUGAAAUGGCCUCAGCACCCCAGCACUCCUCAGCUGGAGGGGAAGAACCGAGAGCAUGGCUCUGUGUGUCAUCAGGACCCCAGGACAUGUAUAGAGCCGGCUUCAGUAUCUCCUCAUGAGUGGCCUGAUGACAUCACCAAAUGGCCAAUCUGCACCAAAUAUAAUUCGGGGAACCACACUAAUCUGCCUCAUAUCGACUGUACUAUCACCGGCCGGCCCUGUUGCAUCGGCACUAAAGGGAGGUGUGAAAUCACCUCGAGGGAGUACUGUGACUUCAUGAAAGGAUACUUCCACGAGGAGGCAACCCUCUGCUCCCAAGUGCACUGUAUGGAUGACGUUUGUGGCCUCCUUCCUUUCCUGAACCCUGAGGUCCCAGAUCAGUUCUACCGUCUCUGGCUCUCUUUGUUUCUGCAUGCUGGGAUUCUGCAUUGCCUGGUGUCGGUAUGUUUUCAGAUGACAAUUCUUCGAGACCUGGAGAAGUUGGCCGGAUGGCUACGAAUAUCUAUCAUCUAUAUCCUGAGUGGCAUCACAGGAAACCUGGCGAGUGCCAUCUUCCUCCCCUACAGAGCUGAGGUGGGUCCAGCUGGCUCUCAGUUCGGCAUCCUGGCCUGUCUGUUUGUGGAGCUGAUUCAGAGCUGGCAGAUUCUGGCUCAGCCGUGGAGGGCUUUCACUAAGCUCCUGUGCGUGGUGCUCUUUCUGUUCGCCUUCGGCCUGCUGCCCUGGAUCGAUAACUUUGCCCAUAUCUGCGGAUUCAUCUCCGGCUUCUUCCUCUCCUUUGCCUUCCUCCCAUACAUCAGCUUCGGCCGUCUGGACAUGUACCGCAAGCGCUGCCAGAUCAUCAUCUUCCUGGUGGUGUUUGUGGGCCUGUUUGCAGGACUCGUGGUGCUUUUCUACGUAUAUCCCAUCAAGUGUGAUUGGUGCGAGCUGCUCACCUGCAUUCCUUUCACCGACAAGUUCUGUGAGAAGUACGACCUCAAUGCGCAUCUCCAUUGAGGGAGAGGCGGGGCUUCGGGGACAGAGGGAUUCGAUUGGUCGUUGAUCUGCAUCUGCCAGUCCCCUGCUCUGUCAGUGUUCAUCCAGUUGCACUUCGUCUCGCCCCAAAUGAAGCCCUUACUGGGAACUUGGACAGUAUGCUUGUGUUGUUGUUUUUUCUCAAGUGGAAGUUGGAUCUCCAACUCUUGACCAUGAUUUUAGGACUCUUGAGAAUGAUGAACGCUUUUUAACAUACCCUGAAGUUUUAUGUAGUCUAUUGAUAAGGGUGUCUGAUAAUCAUAUGAAAACAGGGACACCCUCGCCCAAAAACUUUCUUAACACUACAGUCUCAGAAGGCAGUGUCAUCAUAAAAGCACUGGAACACCAAAAGGAGAACAUGUCUUCAAUUUGAUUGUAGUACUUUUUAUGUUUUAGCAUGUCAGGUGAAGGUUUGUCUUUGUUUAGUCGAUCCUCAGAAUCCAGGGACGAAAAAAACUCAGUACCUUUGGUGCCUUAAUAAGUGUACCUACUACUGCCAUAUUUUCAUGACACAUUGAGCACUCAAAUGAUAUACUUUUAUUUGUGUGUUACUUCUAAUGGAGUAAUGGUUGAUUAUGAAAGGGUAGUGUUUUAGCUACCCAAUUUACACAUUUGUUACAGAAUACAGUUAAAAACAACCUGCACCACUGAAGUUUGUCUGUUUUUCUUGUCUGCUAGACCUUAAACUACCACUAAACUAUGGAAGCCCAUUUACACCAUUUAAGAGUCGGUUGAAAAUCACAAGUUGAGUGAAUCGUUACAUCCCUAUAUAUAAAUAAAUAAAAAGGUAACUUUCUCGAAAGUGAGAUGUUACAUCCCGCAAUUGUGACAUUGUUUCUCAUAAUUGAAACUUAUUUCAGUAUCUCACAAUUGUGAAUUUAUUUCCCAUAGUCGAGACUUCACCUCAUGAUGUGACAAUUUUUUUUCAUAAUUGCGACGUAACGUCUCGUAAUAAGAGUAUAUCGUGAUGUCAAUUUUCUCACUUUUUUUUAUAACUCUGAAGCAGAAGCAGACAAAGGAACUAAAUUUAAGAUGGUACGAAAGAUAAUAAAUUGUAUCCAUAAACCCAAAGAAAUGCUGGUAACACUUUACAAUAAGGUUUAGUUUACAUGAACUAUAGUAACCAUGAGAAAUUCUUCUAAAGUGUUAAUCAAUCUUAGUUAAUUUCAGCAUUUACUAAUACAGGAGUAAAAUCAAGUUUCAACUGUCAAUAUUAUGGACAAGAGCUAACAAUGAACUGCUACCAAAGAUACGGGACAAAUUUUACAA